AUGGACUUUGUGCCACAGCCCAACAAUUCAAAACCAGACCAGGUGGACGUUCCUCUCCUAGAUGGUAUGCUGUACAAGAUGCCACAGCCCGGAGAUCUUGAGAACUAUCUCUUAGAGGCCGAGGACCCAGAAGCCGAGAGAGGAGUCGAGGAUUUCGUAAAGGAAAUCAAAGGCUGCCGGUUCGUCUGUCUUGAUAUGGUCGCUAAUAGCAUUUUUGGUGAAUAUGAACGAUACGACCUGCACCAUAUUCCCACGCUUAAAAAAGUCUUAUAUCGCACGAGGUUACAAGUUUUGCGACUUGAGAGCCUUCCCAAUGGAAACUGCAGCCCUGUGCCAGAGGUCGCCUUGUCUACACUGGUUCUAUGCGAUGCUUUAUUGGCUCUGAUUUUGGAUGAAGCCGAAAGAUUUAUGCACCCCAGAAAUACGGGAAGGGAAUUGAUUUACAACAAUCCUUUACAGCGCCCCUAUCGCCAUAUGAAGUGGCAAUGGGUCGCCUCAUUGGAAAAUGUGAACAAGUCAAACAUAACGGAUGGGGUACAGGGCUCCCUACUCCUCAUCAUCGAACGUCUUAUCAGCAACAAGUGGUGUCCUUCGACUAUCCAGGCCACUGCGAGAAGUGCAGGGUAUUUGACCCUCUACUACAUGUCCCAGAUAAAGCAUACUCGUUUUCCCGAGCUUAAUCAUAGAAACUGCACUGGUUUAAUAUGUAUGGCGGCUCGGGAAAUUGGGAAGUCUCUACAAGCUCCUACGCAAGGCAGUAGUCCACAAACCUCUUCUCAAUGCAGCAAUCCGAUACAAUCUUGUACGCCGGUUCCAAACAAAGACAAAUUAGGAUUUGAUCCGCGACACACUAGCAAGAACUGCAGUUGCUCUAAGUGGGAUAUUACAAUUCAACGUGUAAUAGACAUCCUUAAGGGUGGCAAAAUUCCGCUGGUCAAAUUCGAGAAAAAUGAACGUGGUGGCUGUAAGAGUUGGGAAGUUGUUUCCGCAAGAGUGGAUAGCAGAUACGUUGCUGUCUCUCACGUCUGGUCAGAUGGCCUAGGAAACACUGACGACAACAGCAUCUGGAAAUGCCAGUUGGAUAUGAUUGUGGAAAGCAUUUCCAAUCUUCCGAAUCAUCGUGGAGAGACUAUGUCACAUCUGGCUUUUAAUAGACGGGAAACCUUGUUGCCAUGGAGUAUACCAGGUAUUUACUCCAGGAACGAGCCUUAUGAUCUAUUCUGGCUGGAUAUUCUCUGUAUUCCAACUAAGAGUGCGCUUGAUCGGUCUAAUUGUGUUGACGACCCAAAAACUUUUCGGACUGCCACAAUCAGCCAAAUCUCGGCCGUCUUCGCAGGUGCGAUGCAAGUCAUGAUACUGGAUAGAGAAAUGCAGCGUCUAAGGCGUGACACGUCUCAGAUGCCAGAGAUUCUAGCGCUAUUUCAAGGUAGCAACUGGGCAAGUAGAGCUUGGACUUAUAAAGAGGGUCAAGGCUCACUAUGCUACGUGAAACUUCAGAAUGGAUUCUUCAAUCCUCGAGAUAUAAUCAUCGAUUCAAGAGAUUGGACCCAUUUUAUCCGUCGAGAUCGACAUACUCUGCAGCAAAUAAUAUCUGCCUCAGUAAUUGAUCCUUAUUCAGAGACAACAUUUUCGGGGAUGAUUGAGCGAUGGCUCUGCCACGACUUACAGCGCCUGCUUCACCAAUCCUGGUUCUUUCCGCUAGACUGGGAUGAUUUGCCGAAAACUUCUGUCUGGUCUUCAAUCCAGAGGAACAUAUAUCAGCUAUUCAACAAGGCAGAUCCUCAUCCACCGACUUUCUUCGAAAGCUCAAAGCCUUUUAUAUCGGUCUGGAAUGAGUUACUUCGGAGAUCAUGCUCAAAAAAUGAAGACCGGAUACUUAUACUUGCAAUGUCUUUGCAGAUGUCGCCAGAUGACGUUCUCAAGAUUCACCCUAAUCAGCAAUUGAAGGCUAUACUUUGGAGCUUUUCUGAUGUUCCGUUGUCUCUACUCUUCUCUCCCGGACCAGAUGAAUGGAUCCAAAAAAGUGCCAAAGACUUUGAAAAUGGUCCCACCUAUCCUUUAAACCCGAAAUUUCGUGGUAAAUUCUCCCCCAGUAAAGAUCAAAUAACCUUUGAGUUUCCCAUGGGGCAGCAGAGCCCGCUUAUGAUGGUGAUUCCACCUAUCCAGCAAGAUACACGCUGGCUAAGGGUGGUUCAUAAAGGAGAGGUAUGGAUUAUUCGCACCCAUCUUGCUUCAUCUUAUAAGAUGAGUGGACAAGCUAUGUUAAUUAUUGAUACUCAUACUAUCACGUGGGAGAAUGAUGAGCCGGCAUCGGAGGUUCCGAAGUUGGAUGGUAAAUGGUUUACAGGAUGUUGCCUUGAAGUCACCAAAGAAGAGCCCAGUCUUCGGCGUCAGCUCUUCGGCAACCAGCGCCCAAAGAAGAUUUAUGCAACUGUUGGAACCCAAAAAAGUCUAUGA